UUGCAAAUGCGUUGACAAUAUAUAAGACAUAAUUUGUAUUGCAGAUUGAUACAAAAUGCCUGAAAGCAGUUGUGAUGUUCUUGGCGUUGAUGAUAUAGAAGAUUUAAUCGGAUUAGAAGAUGUUUCUCCCAGGGACCGAUAUAUUAAUAAACAUGACGUGGUUCCAAAAGUACGAAAAAGGAAAACAAAAAAAUCAGAAUUUGAUUUAUCUCCAUCUGACACUAUUGAAGAGUCUGUGCCUGAAACGCGCGUUGAAAAUAUUGUGCCCGGUACAGCGCGAGUAUUUGUCAACACUUGGGGGUGCGCACACAACAGUUCAGACAGCGAGUAUAUGGCCGGUCAACUUGCAGCCCAGGGUUACACUAUAACUGAGGACAAAGAAAGCGCUCAAGUCUGGCUCCUGAAUUCCUGCACUGUGAAGAAUCCUGCCGAGGAGCACUUCAAGAACGAGGUCAACAAGGGGCUCGGGGCUAACAAGAAGGUCGUCGUGGCUGGCUGUGUUCCCCAGGGAAAACAAAACUCUGAAUAUCUGGAAGGAUUAUCAAUGAUCGGUGUUCAGCAGAUAGAUAGAGUAGUAGAGGUCGUGGAGGAAGCAUUAAAGGGAAACUCAGUUCGUAUGUUUGGAACUAAAAGAUCUGGUGGAAAGAAGAUGGGAGGAGCCAAGCUUGAUCUUCCGAAGAUACGGAGAAAUCCUUUAGUUGAGAUAAUUGCCAUUAAUACAGGAUGCUUGAACCAGUGUACAUACUGUAAAACUAAACAUGCUCGAGGAGAACUAGGCAGUUAUCCUUCAGAGGAAAUCGUAGCCAGAGCUGUUCAGAGUUUUGAAGAAGGAGUUUGUGAGAUUUGGUUAACCUCGGAGGAUACAGGAGCUUACGGCAGGGAUAUUGGAACCUCACUUCCGGAACUUCUUUGGCAACUUGUUGAUGUCAUUCCAGAGGGUUGCAGGCUUAGACUAGGUAUGACAAAUCCGCCGUAUAUUUUGGAUCAUCUGGAAGAAAUGGCAAAAAUUUUGAACCAUGACAGGGUUUAUUCUUUUCUUCAUGUUCCAGUUCAAGCAGGGUCCGAUGCUGUUCUAUUAGAUAUGAAACGAGAGUACACCGUUGCACAGUUUAGUGAAGUGGUGGACUACCUUAAAGCCCGAGUUCCUGGUAUAACAAUAAUAACUGAUAUAAUUUGCGGAUUUCCCACAGAAACUUUUGAAGAUUUUCAGGAAACUAUGGAUUUAGUGAAGAAGUAUCGAUUCCCUAGUCUUUUCAUUAAUCAAUUUUUCCCAAGACCUGGAACUCCGGCAGCUAAAAUGAAAAGAAUUCCAACACAGAAUGUAAAAGCUCGUACUAAAGAGCUGAGUGAAUAUUUCAAUUCGUAUUCUCUCUACAAGGAUAGAAUAGGACAAAUAUAUAGUGUACUGGUGACUGAAACUAGCCAUGAUGGAAACUAUUAUGUCGGACAUAAUGAAUUCUAUGAGCAGGUUUUAGUUCCUAAACUACCAGAACUUAUGGGCAAAAUGUUUAAGGUUCGAAUAGUUGACACCUGUAAGUUUUCUAUGACCGGAGAACUUGUGGAAGACACCGAGGUGGUCAGACCAGCUCCCUCAGCUCCUCUGUUAAAGGGUCAGGUGUCCGGUGUCCAGGUUGACCCCCAGCUCAACUCUAGAUUUGACCAGCCUUCUUCACAAUCCUUCCUACACACCUGUAUCAUUUUCCUUCUCAUCGCAUUGGUUUUGCGAUUUAUUCAACAUUUUGGAUUUCCAUUAUUUUGAAAACUGAAAGUUUGGUUUUGAAUUUUGUUUGAUUUUCUUUAAUUUUCAGAAAAA